CGAGUGUUUCCAUCUCCCAGUUGGGACCCGUUUGGGCCAGUCGUUUUCCUCCGUUCGAGUCCGAUUGAAGCGGCAACGUUUUUUUCCGCGCGCGCUCGUUUUGCUCGAUAGUUACCUGACUUUGGUUGGUUGGCUUGCUGGAAGUGAGACCCGUCGGCGCGUACCUUUAGUUCCUGUAGUUCCGAAUUUUUGGCGCGUGCUUUGCCGCUGGAACACGUGUGUUUGUGUAAUUCUCCUUUGGGGGUUCCCGAAUCCCAAUCGACAACACGACGCGUUAAAUCAGAUGUGAUAGAUGGCAGAUCGCGGGGGAUGUGAUCGAUCAAAGAGCUAGAACCAAACCAACAACGAUGUGAAUAACUGUGAUGAUUGGAAAAGUGUGAAAGAGGUGUUCUGACAUCUUUGCUCGGGUUGGCACGUGGUGUAGUUUUAUGGGGGACCGUAAACAGAUCAAUUAGUGCGUUGAUGGCAAUUGGUGUUGAGUGAGUGAGUAAAGAAGAUUACUAUCAGAUUUACACAAAGUAGCAAUCACGUGCAUUCGGGCGGUAAGGUUGAAAAGUUCUUGAAUAAAACUACGAAAUUCUAGUUAAAGCUGUGUGGUGAACUCGAAACCCGUUCCAAGAAAAGUGCUCUGCGGAAUAAAUCGAGGAAAAACGGAAAAGUAGCCGGUGUAGUUGACACAAAAUGGAUAUCCAACGGUUGAGAAGCGGAAGCUGUAGCCGGCUGGUGUACAAGAUUGGAUUAUUCUUGCUGCUCGUGGAAGCAUCACAAUGUCUGCAAAUUACGAACCUAGACGUGCCACAAUCGUACAUCAUUCAAAGAGGCGACGAGCCUUCGGAAGACCUUGUCUUGGACUGUGAAUUCGAAAUGGAUGAAGCCAAAUCCAAGGGAUUCGUCCUCAAGUGGAAGCACAAUAGUUUGCAGAUCUACCAGUGGAUUCCCGUUACGUCCAAACCGGUGGCAUUCGCGUCCUUCAAGGGUCACAUCGAUCUGGACUACCAGGUGUCGGACGAUCGGUUUCAGAAGUACCGUGCCUUAAAGUUGAUCAAUCCGGCGGCAAACUUUACCGGCAACUACAGUUGCUCGGUGCAGACGUUCGAGGAGAAUGAAACCAAGACGGGACAUCUGCAGGUCAUCGUGCCGGAGGUGGAUUUCAACCUGACGUAUACGCGGGGGAACAACGGGAGCGUGGUGGUGUCCUGUGGAGUGAGCGAUAUUUAUCCAAAGCCGGAGCUGGCGUUGUUCAUCGAUGAAUCUCAGACCAAAGAAGUAGUCCUAUCCGAGGAGCAACUGCAAGGCACGUACGAUGUAACGUUACAGCACAUUCUCAGCGAUGACUCCAAGGAUGCUGCAAUCAGCUGUCAGCUGUCGAUACCUGGGACCAAUUAUACUAAGCGACGCGAAAAGAUGUACCAUGGAGCGGCUGUCCGAGCAAACAUAUCAACCCUGCAGGCGCUACUCUUCGCACUGGCCGCAGCAGUAUUCUCCAGCACGUUUAGAUUGUAACGCGAAGAAAAGGCGGUCAGUGGAGCCGGUAUUCGAUGAAAUCGAAGAGUGAUCGCAUCACACCUUGUAACAGUGUCUUAUUAGCUACAUUUUCGUGUUAAUACUGCUGUCGAAGAUUUCACCACACCAAACAACGAUUUUUUAGGCUUAGGAAAUCGAACCAAAAAUUGACGCGCUUGUAUGCUUGUAGCCUAAAUCGACUUAGUUGUGUUAAGCUUUAUUUCGAGUCUUCCAACUGUUGAACUGUUAAUUCGCAAGGUAAUGAGUUAUUUACGUCGGACAAGUAAUAUCACAAGUUAAUGAAACCACUAUUUCACUUGCACAUAUGAAAUAUUUUGUGCUUUGUUUUAAGAUGUGUUAUAAGCUGUUAAUUUAUUAAAUAAAUUGAUGUAAAUAGUUAUUUGUACAUUUCCCAUUUACCUGACAACUUCCUGCACUAUUUCUUCAGUUUUUUUUAGUCCAAGCGCAGUAAAUCUCAUCGCUGUCUAUUUAUAACAAAGUUUAUUAACCAACAAAGUGUACGCCAAAGCAGAUACGAUUACUAUUAUAUUAGGUAAAACAUAUUUCGUACGAAGAUCGGAA